GAGAUCUCUUUGGAGCAGGCAUCUCACACCACUUCUGGCAGAUGUCUCGAUGAACUCUUACCCUAGAGCAGUCUCUCACCCUCAUCUGAGAGUAGUAGAGUGAUGGUAGACGCUCUUGGGGGGCUGCUGGGGCAUUAUUUCUGAUGGCUUUUGCCCUGACCUUAAGAAAUGAUGGUGGAAUCAUGUGGCACCCACCGGGGACUCCUCCAGAUAGUUUAUUCCAGGGAGAGGGUCUUUUGUGAUCUCAGAUCCCCCCCAGCCUGCCUCUCCUGCACCUUUCUGAAUGUGCAAUGGGGCCUCCAAAAAUCCUGCCGAGUGCAUUCAUCCCACAUACCUCCUAUACUAGCAGGAGUCAGAAUCCAACCCUCAAAAUCCCAGAACGAAAGUGCCUUGGAUUCUCAGCUCGUUCCAAGCACAAUGGCAUUGGGGAAUCAGUGCCCGACCUAAGGUCCCUAUGGAUGGAGCUGCUGUUCUGGGGGAGGCCCAGGUGGGCUAGGGAGCAGCCAAGGUCACUGAGAUGCCAGGAGCAGCCCUCCCUAGGCUUGUUCAUGCUGCUGUGGGCAGGAGAAGCACGUGAUAAAAAAGGACAGGGAGGUCUGAAGUCAAGAAGGUUCCUGCUUCCUGGAUGCCCAAGAAUCUCCUUGCCAAGCCCAGGAGCCAACCAUCCUCUCUUUAGGACCGUGACUGUACAACAUACAGCCCCCUGACUCCCUGCUGUCCCCUCGAUCUGAGACUUCCCCUAGCUGACAUUCAUCUCUAUAUAAGUACAUUCCAAUAAGUCAGGCUCAGCAGAAAUAGGGGAUGGGACCCAAAAAUCUGUUUGUAGGCUCUGAAAAAUAUUUACUAGGAAAGGGAGAGUUCUUUAGAAGGGUCUCUCCUCACCCACCCCAACCAACUCCUCGAAGAGCAAAAGGUGAUAGACAUGAGGGCCCCAUAUGAUGAUAGCAGCAACUGGGGACCUUCCCCUGCCUUCCUAUCCAAAGAGGUGCAUGGAGGAGGAGGUUUAGGCACCAGACCUGAACCAGAAUGCACAGGGCUGGCCCAGGUGCAUUGAGAGGGACCCGCACCCAGCCAUCCCUAGCCAGGCUGCAGGCAGGCAGAGGGACAACACACACCGGGCAUCUGUGUACACACACCUGCGGGCUCCUAGACCGCCCAUGCACCGGCAGGAACAUGCAAGCACAUGCAUGCACACAUGAGCACACGUUGCUGAGCACAGCCCCUAAGAGGCGCGCACGCCUCUGUGCAGUGCCUCCCGGAGAUGCGCUCUCAAUAGCGGUGUUUCUAGCCAAAGGUUGUGGCGAGGGUAUACUGGCCAAGGCAACUUGGGCAAACCCUGGGGGCGGCACCCGCUGCACACUCUGGUCAACCUCCCCUUAAAAAAAAAACCCGCCCGCGGAGGAGGCGGAUGUAGGGGCGGCCUGUCCAAUGGCAGCUGCGCGCUUCGGGAGACUUAGAGACUUGAGCCAGAGUGAGCGACAGAGCCUGUUCGCACCGACAGACAGACAGAGGACCAGAGAGCCGCUAAGGCGCGCCCACUGUCCCCCGCCGGGCCGGCGCCCUGAACUUCAGCCCCAGCGCCUGCUGCUGCCCCAGAUACAGCACGAUGCACGGUCCCGGCGUCGAGACACGGGCGACCAAUGUCCCCGGGCUCCCGAGACCUGGCCCCUAGCGCCCAGCGCUACUGCCCUGCAUCAGGAAGGGUCGCAGAGACCCCCGCCUCGGUUGGCACAGGAGCCCUGCGGGUGGGGCCUGUACAGCCCAGCCAGGCGCGCCGGCCCAUCAUGCUCCUCCUGUCGCCGCGCAGCGCGCUGGUCUCCGUCUAUUGCCCGCAGAUCUUUCUCCUUCUGUCCAGCGGCAGCUACCUAGCACUGUCGUCCGUGGUGGCCCUAGGAGCCAACAUCAUCUGCAACAAGAUUCCUGGCCUGGCCCCACGGCAGCGCGCCAUCUGCCAGAGCCGACCCGAUGCCAUCAUUGUGAUCGGGGAGGGGGCGCAGAUGGGCAUCAAUGAGUGCCAGCACCAGUUCCGAUUCGGCCGCUGGAACUGCUCCGCCCUGGGCGAGAAGACCGUCUUCGGGCAAGAGCUCCGAGUAGGGAGUCGUGAGGCUGCCUUCACAUACGCCAUCACGGCAGCAGGCGUGGCACAUGCUGUCACUGCUGCCUGCAGCCAGGGCAACCUGAGCAACUGUGGCUGUGACCGCGAGAAGCAAGGCUACUACAACCAGGCGGAAGGCUGGAAGUGGGGAGGCUGCUCCGCUGAUGUGCGCUACGGCAUUGACUUUUCCCGACGAUUUGUGGAUGCUCGUGAGAUCAAAAAGAACGCCAGGCGCCUCAUGAACCUCCACAACAACGAGGCAGGCAGAAAGGUUCUGGAGGACCGCAUGAAGCUUGAAUGUAAGUGUCACGGUGUGUCGGGCUCGUGUACCACCAAGACCUGCUGGACCACGCUGCCCAAGUUCCGUGAGGUGGGCCACCUGCUCAAGGAGAAAUACAACGCCGCCGUGCAGGUGGAGGUGGUGCGCGCCAGCCGUCUGCGCCAGCCCACCUUCCUGCGCAUUAAGCAGCUGCGCAGCUACCAGAAGCCCAUGGAGACGGACCUGGUGUACAUUGAGAAGUCGCCCAACUACUGCGAGGAGGACGCAGCCACGGGCAGCGUGGGCACGCAGGGCCGCCUGUGCAACCGCACCUCUCCCGGCGCCGACGGCUGCGACACCAUGUGCUGCGGCCGCGGCUACAACACGCACCAGUACACCAAGGUGUGGCAGUGCAACUGCAAAUUCCACUGGUGUUGCUUCGUCAAGUGCAACACAUGCAGCGAGCGUACCGAGGUCUUCACCUGCAAGUGAGGCUGCCGUGCAGGCGCAUACGGCGCCCGCCCACCCUGCGGCCCUCGCCAUUUUGCACAUCUUUCUUUUUUUCCGGAGCUGCCAGCUGUGGGCACAGGAGGGUAGAGUUGGGGAUGGGGAGCUCUGGGUACUCCAGGCUCCUUCCUACCUGCUCUGUCCCCUCCAGAGGCACAGCAGUGCCCUGCCCUGCCCAGCAUCCAAGGCCAACACAACGGUCUGGUACCCAAUGGAGACAGAUUCCUUUACUUCUCUUCGGGAAAUUGAACCUCAAAGUGACCACGAGACUCUGAGGGUCACCUCCCUGCCUGGUGGCUGGACACAGAAAAGCCACACCCACCAGUCACACUCAAAACUGUUUCCUGGACUGUGUCCUGCGGCCCAGGGCAGUGUGGAUGGAUGUUGACAAAAUUAUUUAUGUUUUCUUAGCAUCAGAUGAGGACUCAGUACUAACAACCAGGUAGCCAGACCUAACUCUCUGCGAGAUUGCCCCACCACCAUCUCCUUUCACUCACUUCUCCCGGCCCCUCCCUCAAGGGUCCUCUGCUCCUUGUAAGACCCAGGGGUGUCAGGGUUGGCCAGAAGGCUGGCUGGUGGGGUGACUCCUUGGAAGCACCCUGGGAGGGGCUCGAUGGGUCUACAAGGCCUGAGAUGGCCUCAGAGGACAGCCCAUCUUCCAUUCCAUUUGGAAACUGUCGUGUAAAUGAAACGUGGCUUGUGUCAGGUUCCAGGCAUGCCUCUUCACCCUCCCUGCCCGCUGCCAGCCUCCACCCCAGUUUACAAACACACUUUAUUCUGGAGCCAACCUGAUCCCCAAGACUAUCCCACGUGUUCAGGAGAGGUCGGGGAUAGUUGCCACACGUGACAGACACAGAGCAAUCUGAAUAUUUGCAGGAGACCCCAUGGCUCUGUGAACUGUAUCCCUCAGCCCCAUCCAGCCCAAACUCUGGAAGUAGCCAAGGUGAUGGGAGGCUGCACCUUCUUCCAGUGUCUUGUGGUUUGUCCUUCCAUUCCGACCCUGAUGCCAGAGAACCAGCAUCCAGAAUUUAGCGCGCUAUCUGCCAGGCCCCCUGCCUACUGUCUACAGACACCUGCUUGAGGGUCCCUCAAGCAGGGGUCUGUGGGAGGCUUGACACACUCAGGAUCUUCCAGACGGGGACAUAAGAGCUCAGACCUGGGUCUAUCCCCCCCUCUCCUUCACAGCACGGGGCAGAUGUAAGGAAUUGCCAGGUCUAGUAGCACAGCGGCCCACAGCCUUCCCUAGACAAAGGUAUUUUCACAACAGAAAUCCAUGGGACUGUGGGGUCUGGUGGCCACCAAGCCAGGCAGCCCAGACAUUGACCUGGGGAAAGUGACCCCUGUUUGCCCUUGCCUUGCAUCCAGCUGUGUGUUCCUGUCAUGUCAGGGUGUUCCAAGCCUCCGGGCCGCUGGAGAUGUCCCACCCUGACCCCGGCCCCAUCUCCUCACCCUAAGUCCUGGGAAUGCCCAAGUCCAUAGCCCAGUGUCCCCUGUGAGGAGCCUGGUUAACUUAUAUUGUUAUAUAGCGUUCCCCGUCUGUCAUGUCUCUUAAGUUAUUGUGACCUACACUGGGUACCGGAGGGGAUGGGGGAUGGCUAUGGCUGCUGUCCCCCAAGCCAGGCUCCUCCUUCUGCUUGAAACAGACCCUCGGGGGCCCCUGAUGCCACCGAGGCAAUUCGCACUGUCCCUGGGCUGCCAGGCACCUGCGCCUGCAUUUGGUCAGCCGCAGACCUUGCCUAGGGGAGAGAGGUGGUUAGUGGACCCAGGCAGGGCACUGGCUGUCCCAAUGCUGUGUGCUGGGGUGGAGGUGGCCGGGCACCACAUGUCCUUGAAGUGCCCUACUUCUGAUGGGCUGUGUUGCUGCCUCCUCUGGAGGGGAGCACUUGGCCCCAAUAAAAGCUGGAAUCAGAAAA